AAUGAUUUGAAAACAAAGUCUGGACCCCUCAAAUUAAAGAGCUCGUCCAGAAUUCCUAAACAAGCACUAGAAGACAAACUGAGUAAAGUUCUACAGUCCAGAAUUCUUGAACAACAGCUAGAAGACGGAUUCUGUGGAAAAAGGAAUCCCUCCUCAAACAAUUGGAUUAACGAGAAGCGAUCAUAAUGGUGAACAAUAUGGAUCAUGGUUUGCCCAAGUUUUCUCUUCUAGGUUAUGAUGAUUGGAAGAUCAUGAUGGAAGCACACCUUUACGCCCUACAUGAUUGCAUGUGGAUGGUGCUUGAGGAUGGACCCUUGAAAAUCCAAAUGGAGAACCCUGAGAGGAAUCCAGCCAAUCCUGAUGUUGUUCAGUACAUUCCAAAGCCCAAGGAGAAAUGGGAUGAUAGAGAUUGUCUUGGGAAGCUGUGUGAGGGAUCGGAGGACCUGAGAAAGCAGAAGAUAGAAGUCCUGCUUGAAAAGUUCAAAAGCUUCAAAAUGCUUUCCGGAGAAUCAUUUGAUAUGUUGGAUGAAAGAUUCCACAAAAUCUUAAAUGAUCUUGCAUCACUUAACCACAUUCUUUCUCCCAAAGAAAAGAAUGUAAGGUUACUGAGAUCUCUUCCAACUGAGUGGUACACCAAAGCCACAGCCAUGGAAGAAGGAAGAAACCUGGAGAACUACACUGUCCAAGGUCUCCUUGAUGAGCUCAGAACCUAUGAGCAUGAGCUGAUGAAGAAGAAGGAAAAACAAGUCACUCCCUUCCCCAAGGCAUUGAUGACAACUCCCAGAGUCCCACCGAGUGAAGGGACAUGCCCAAGGAACUGUGACACACCUUCCUCCAGCCAGCCGUCAAGCUCAAGAAUGGAGAACUAUGAUGAGGAAUUUUCCAUGAUGGUCAAACAAUUCCGGAAGUUCAAGAAGAAACCUGGUCACUGGAAGUCAGCGUGCCCGUACCCAAAGGUGGAGAAGUACGGAGAAAGAGAAAGGAACGAAAAGAAGAGGAAAGCAAUGGUUGCAGCUGAAAGUGACGAGUCAUCCAGCUCAAUCUGGGAUGAAGAAGCCCUCGUCUGCAUGGAGCGCAGAGCUGAGAAGUCCAACCAUGAGGAUCGGUGGACUAUGUCAGAAGAUGACACUCUCUGUCUUAUGGCCAAAGAUGAUGCCGAACAAGAGGUAACCUCUCAAACCUCCUGUUCAUCUUCUUAUGAAGGCGUACCAACUUCUGAAAGUCUUUUUGAAAAGUUCAAAAAGAUGAUGAAAGAUUUUGAGGAAAUAAAUCUCAAACACUCAUCCUUAACAGAGGAGAACAAGCUACUGAGUGAAGAGAAUCUCAAGUUGACUGAAGGUCGGAAAAGUCAACUAGAUGAGAUCACUCAACUCAAGACUGAAAAUAAAUCUCUCUCUGAAAAGGUGAAAUCCCUAAACAAGGAGCUUGGGAUAGUUAAGUCCAAAGAAGCAGUGGAUAAGCUUCUUGAAGCGACCAAACAAAAGGGUCGUGAAGGACUUGGGUUUGACCCCUCCAGUUCCAAAAGGAAAGGGAGAAUAACUUUUAUCCCUCCUAAACCUACUGCCAAAUCCAAUAAGCAGAAAGGAAAGGAAAAGGAGAAACCCACAGAAAUUUCCAAAAAGAGAGAGGUCGCCGGAGUUGAGAGCUUUUGUCGCCGGAUAAUCGUCAAAACCUCCCUUACGUUACAAUACAAGGAUGAAGAAAUCAAUGAAGGAGAUAGAAUGAAGCCUACGGAUUUCAUUCCAUUCGGAAGUCUACCACUGAAGACUUCACAAAGAAAUCCGGAUUCAGACGGUGCUGAGCCUACCGGAAAUCUCGGCCAGCCUUCCAUUAUUCCGGAUCACUCAAAGAGCGACAAUUCCGGAAAAGGCGACCUAGUGCCAAUCCAUCUGGAAUUACCAACAAAGUCUGUUCUUCAACCAGAAGCUGAACUAGAUCAACCAGUCAACCCUAAUCAACACAAUCUUCGUUGGUUAAGGGAUCAUCCUCCCCAACAAGUCAUUGGAGAUAUUCAAUCGGCUUUUGACCUCCAUUCGGGUGUGAGACUCCGCAGGAUUUUCCUCACAAGAUCCUUGUUGGUGUAGGUCUUUUUGAGAGCAUGAAGAUCGUUGAUGAUCUUUGAGAACCGGUCGAACAUGUCAUCAAUUUUCUCACCUUCUUUCAUCCGGAACAUCUCGUACUCUUAGGUGAGAAAGUCGAUCUUGGCUUCGCGAACUUGAUCGGUACCUUCGUACGUCACUUCAAGCUUGUCCCACAUCUCCUUGGCGGUUGUGCAACAGGAGAUCUUUCGGUAGUCAUCGGGGUUGACCGCGCAAUAUAGCAUAUUGAUGGCCUUUGCAUAGUUUUCGAUCUUCUUGAUGUCCUCGGCAUCAAAUUCGUUUUCGGUCUUUGGGACCGUGGUUUCUCCCACUUUCUUCAUAGGGAUUUCUUCGCCAUUUUUGAUCACCAACCACAAUUGGAAGUUGGUGGAACGAAUAUAGAUUCUCAUCCGUU